GGAGUCCGGUAGGCGGCAGGAGGAAGCGGCUGGCGGCAGUGCUGACCCCACACGUGCCGGAUCUUCUCAUCUGCUACUGGAACUGCUCUGAGCCACUCUUGGCAGUCACAAUCCCACCACCAGAGACUUUCACUUCUGGGAUCAAAGCCCCUUUGCUGCGUGUGACACCUUUUAGGUGUGCCAGCGCCAGCAAUGGGAAGUAUCUUGUCAUUCUUAAUUCGAUCCAGACUGCCAAAAAGCAUAGACAGGACCACGGAAACAGAGUGGAACUGCCCCAUCUGCCGCGAUGCUCGAGAUGACCUUGCUUACGUGAUGCCCUGUCUCCAUCAGUUCUGCCUGGCCUGCAUUAUACGUUGGGCAGAGAUGCAAAGAGUGUGCCCACUCUGCAGAGAACUGAUAGAAGCUGUCAGGUUUUCUGUGCAGACAGACAGCUAUAUAGACUGUGUCUUCAGCAGUUCUGAAGAGGCAGCAAAUGCCAGCAGCUCGACAGGAAUAACUCUUGGACAGCUGGUUAAAAACAGUCCGUUUGUGGAGUCCCCUUCGCGUGCUCCACGGGGGAUACUAUCCACAUCAGAGCAUGAAGGUACAGGAACAGAGCCCGUGGGUGGCCUCCUGCCUAGACUGUGGGCAGAACUUUUCCAAAGAGAAGAGCAUCUCCUUGACCCUGUGGUGCCCUGGCUGCGCCAGGAGCUGGAAACAAAGUAUGGGACUAGGUGGUGGAUGGCAAGGAUUGCAGAGAGCAUCAUCCUGCAUGCCGUGUCCAUCUGUGGUCCAGCUAGGAAUGUCUUGAUCCAUGUACUACAGGACUUCCUUGAGGAACAUACAGAACCGCUAAUCAAUGGCCUCAUCAGCAUAAUUGUGAAUGAGUGCACUCAAGAGGCCCAAAGGCUGAUACAUUUCCAACCUGACUCACAGAACAAUCCUAUGGCCAUCUCCAGCAGAUUUCAGAUGGAUACUACAGCUCCCCACUCAACCCCGGCCAACAGCGACAGUGAGGAGCACCAAUCCAGUGCAUUGGAAGCUGUUCUUGACACCCUUCACCCAUCUGCUCCUACCCCUGCAGAGCAGGAGGAGCUGGGAGAGGAGGCAGUGGCAGAGGAGCCUGGCAGGGAGGAGGACAACAGCACCGUGGCCAUCUUCACCAGCCCUCAGGAGGAUAAUCCUGCCCCACAGGCAGACACUGCCAGCAUCCCUGUGGGGUCCAGCAUGGAGGACCAAGCCAACAUAUCAGAAGCUGUCCUCCACACCCUGCACCUAUCUGCUCCCACACCUGCAGAGCAGGAGGAGCAGGAGCUGGCAGCAGUGGCAGGUCCCUCUGACCAAGGUGACAGCCACAGCCCCUCCACUCCCAGCCAGGGUAGGGACCCCUUGCCCAGGAGGCCUCAGCGUUCCACAAGGAGGAGGGCUUCCAGCCAUCUGGACUCUCCCCAGCCCCGCAAGAUGCGACCCAAUCAGCAAAAGUAG